AUGUCAUCGGAACAGAUCGCCAAAGCCCUGAAGGGUGCUGGUUUAUCAGCUGAAGAGCGUAUCGACACAGCUGUUCAAGCUUGGCAAAACGACAAACUUUUCUUUCCAAACAAGGACGAUUUCUUGCUGGAAUGGCUAUGUACAGCGUUGACGAGAUCGAAGCUGAAAUCAUCGACCGAUACAGCUGUUAUCCAAGUCGCCUACUGGCAGCUGUUGCAAGAGCUACUUGCUCACUAUACUGAACGCGUCAAUACCACCGGUCGAUCGCCUCCCAGCAUACGAGUACCCCUCAUUACUUCAGUCACCACGCUGCUCAACCGUAUCAAAAAGGAUCCACCAGCACAACAAAAAGAGCUAUUGGAAUAUGUGUCGAAUGCAUUAGAUUUGCUCUUCUCGCCAAUUUUCGCCUUAUCGUAUCGACCCACGUUUGAACAUAUGGUUGCUGUGAUGGAUCAGCUAUUGGAGACACUUGCAACUCAAAUCGACAAUGAUGCGCUUGCCAACCUUGCAAAGGUGUUGCUGAAACGUUACAACUCGCAAAUCAUGCAAUCUGCCAAUCAUAAAAAGGCUUUCACGGUGGUUGUUGGCAAAACGUUCCCGGCACUACUCUCGAUUCGUCGACGCAUUGCAGCUACCGACAACGAAUUAUCAUUGCUAUUGACCGACCUAUUAUCAUCGAGUCUCUUUCAUCCUGACAGCAUCAUGGAAUACACGUCUAUUUUCAGAUCAUCCGACGCUGCAUCGUUCCAAAGCAACAAGUCUACCUACGUGUACAAGUUGUUUGAAGAACUUGGUCGAUUGUUAAAGAAGCCUGAGAGUGUUGAAGAUGUGUUGGAUGUGAUACCUGUUUUGUAUUCACGAUUUGUGCGUGCAUUUCGGAAAAAGAGAGGCCAAACAGCUGGUCAAGACACCGUGCGACAUGUGGAAUUUGGCUUUUUGGUGGAAUGUCACAAGAUUUUGGAGCAGUGCUCGGAUGUGGAUACGCUUUGUCAGCUGCUGCACGUUUUAUUGGAGUUGAAUGUUUACGUCGCACGAAAUGAUGAUGUAUCUCGAUCACAACAUGCUUUCUUGGAUGACAUUGCCGAAAAUGCAGUCAAUUUGUUGGGGUCUCCUAAAGAUUGUGAUCAGGCCUCGGUGAUGCGAUUGAUCGAUGUAUUGCUUCAAAUCGAUCUUUUGCUGGUUGAAGCACGCAUGAACAAGAUUUGGCCGGUUCUCAUUCAGCCACAAGCCAAAUCAUUAGACACUUGCAUGAUUCUUGCAUUAUCAGUACUUUCUGUUUAUUCAGCUUCACGACAGAUGGAUGCAUUUAUUGGCGAUCUUCUCACCGCUUUGAAAGCCGUUUCAUCCAAGACUGAUAUUGAUUCGCUAUUGACGAUGCCCUGCUUUAGUAGACGAUUCCUUGAUGAGUUCUCAACGGUCGUCAGCAAAUCCCUUCCAACAAAUCAAGUACCGAUACUCUUUGAACAAUUUGCCAAUGAACUUUAUCAAGACAACUCUCCCGCAGUUAUUCGGUUGAUGAGCAUCUUUUUCGCACAAUUCAUUACCUCGGUCAACCUUACACAACAUCAACGACGUGCUUUCGAAUCACAAACGCAUGCUCUCUUUGAACGUUUUAUCAAACCUAGUCUUGAGGAAUCGCAAAAGAAUCAAGGCAAUUUAUUGGCAGCUCUGCAACUACAUACAGCUUUGACGAACAGCAUGGCGGAUGUCUAUUGGGCAACGUUGAGUGGCGACACGCGUGGAUGGCUUGCCGAGGUGCUCCAAACGAGAUUUGAUCAAUGUCAUAAGGAGGAUACCAAAGAUGGUCGGUGCGUCACUGUUUUGAGUGUAACGGCCUUGUUACAACAUGCCUACUUUUCGUACUUGAACAUUGCAGCUGAAGAGGCUACUCAAUCUUCACCACUGGAUAUGGUUGGCCGUGUGCUUGAUUUUGUUCUCGAGGAUCAUCAAAGUAUUUCAUCAAAGGAUACAUGGGAUGGUUCGUUGGUGCAUUUGGAUUCGAGUGCUGUCAAGAUUGCAUGUUGGAAACUCAUCACGGAUGAAUGGUUUGAUGUCAUUUGCCGUUCAUGCGUGGGAGAACGAGCCAAGAAGCUGGCAGAAUUGGUGUUAAACCCCUUGAUGGAAACGCCAUGGCAUGGAUUUGAGAGCAAUCAAGUUUCAAUCCCCUCGAUCAAUCAAUUACUCUUACGCUCUGCAAACUUUUAUGAGGCUACCAGUUUACAAGAAUAUGCGGCUACAACGGUGAUUGAUUCUUUGGCCGAGUUUUUCAAAGCACACAUGGAUGACACAGCUUCAGGAAAGAUUGCACGUGUACUAGCAAUGAUGGAAGGUGCAUGGACAGCGGAUCAGCUCGCAGAGCUUGCUACUUGGCUUAAGGAAGGAGCCGACAUGGAUAUUUGCAGCCAAGAUGAUACAGCAAAGUUGGAACGUAUGCUCGAUUUAUUGUUGCUUUUCCCAAUGGAGUAUUAUCACAAGAGCAAUCGAUCCAUCCUCUUACGUGCUACCUUAUUGAUUGAUGCCUGGGCGAACGCUGGCAUGUGUAAGAGUGGUCCUAUUUCUCUACGUGCACGAACAUUGCUCUUGCGUUUAAUGUCCAACUAUCACGGUCAGCAUGGGUUGGAAACCAAUGUUGAUUUAUUGUCAUGGUUCCUUGACUCUGCCAGUGGUAUUGAUGAACCUGGUAUCCUUCACGUCACGAAGCAGAUUGACUUGCUUGUAUUGCGAUCAUUGAUGACACAAGCUGAUGGUGACAGCGAUGCUGCAUCAUUUCUCGAUUCUACAUUCAAGCAACGACUGCAAUGGUUAAAGACACAACAGCCUAAUGCAAGCUGCUGGACGAUGGAUGCCGUGGAAUCGGUGAUUGGAUACCUAAAGGCUCAUCCUACCAAAUGUGUUGAUGCGGAUACCACAAGGAUUGUUUUUGCAGCCGACAUUGUAUCACAAACAUCCAAGCACGUGAUCCAUUGUUUGAAGCAGGCACAUUCUUUGCUCUUGGACGCUCCUGAAGAAGGCUUAAGCAUCUUGACAAAGGACAUCUUGGCUUUGGCAUCCUUGUUACAUGAAUAUGAUCAGUUGGUCAAGCCCCAGAGUGGUAAAGUUGUCGAUGCCAAUGAGUUGUCACAACGUAUGGUGCGUCUUGCUUCGCCAUUCACAGUCCUGGUUCAGCGUUCUUUGCGGUCACCUAUGCCAAUCCAUGAUCGCAUAUUGGAAACGACGACAGCAUUCGUUGGAUCACUAUGCCGAGCAGUAUCUCAAUACCAGCAUGCUUAUGUAACGGAACGUGUUUUGGCAGUGAUUUGGUUCAUCGUCACUCUCGUGUAUGAUUCAGAUCAAAAAAGUGUUCAACAGCUGUGCGAUGCUCUAUCGUCAUGGGUGAAAACGUUGGAUCAAGAACAGUAUGCGGUUGUACUUGCUGGAUUUAUUGCACAAGCGGAUCGAAUGGUGGAUCAAGAGCGGGAGCAUAUCUAUUUGACCCUUUUAGCUACUACUGUGCAAGCAUCUACCCAAUCACAAAAGCCCAUUGUUCGAAGGCAAUUCUCUACGUUUGUGACCAAGCUUACCAUGAUUGGUGUCAAAAGACGAUCAGCCAAGUUUAUUCACCAAGCAUUACUCUUUAUGGCAGACCUUAUCGCUGAUAUUAAUAUGGCCGUCAGCAAACAAACACUGUCCUUGGUAUUGACCAGUAUCAUCCAAUUGACCAAUGUGGUACCUGUUGCCGAUGUCGAUCAGCCUACAUCACGUGCGCUAUUUGAUGCUGUACACUUGCUUAUGCAGAACAUCUUGAUUUAUCGACGUGAGCAGCUUGUGGAUGUGUUACCUGUCUACAUUGCUAUUGUACAAUCGCUGUUGCAGUGUUUCCGAUCGACCCAUCUCGCAUUAACCAGCAAAUCCAACAAGGAGCGGUUACGUACUUAUACGCUACUAAUUCCUUCCGCGCCCCUCGAUACCUCGGCUGCAGAACGAAUGGCAAGACUUUUCUCUGCUAUGGAAGCCAAAUUCCUUACUGAAGGCAAAAACCAACGACUCAGUGCAGCAACACAGAACAAGUUGAUAUCUAAGCAUGUCCCAUUCUUGCUACUUGAGUACUUUUCAAUUCAAGCACAUCCAGCCAUGAGCAUAUCUCAACCCCAAGUGAAGACUAUUUUGGAACAACAAGGCCUUUACAAUUUGAUGGAUAUGGUCAAUGAGAGUCAACGGCAUAUGAUCUUAGCAUCCCUUAAUGAAGCCGGCAAGUUACUAUUCAAAAACUUUUACUCCAGUUGGAAGGAGAAUCAUAUGUACAAAGGACAAUAA